ACAGUUUGGUCUUUUCUUGGAAACUAAACCAAAUUCUAAGUGGGAGAUAGAGCAACGAGUCCAUGCGAAGAACUGGGAAAAAUUUAAACUUACUAAUUACAUCGCAACGUGAAUUUAACAAAGCCUUUAUUUCUAGUAGUUACACCUACGUACCGUUUCUGCAGAGAGACCCCAUGCCGGUGCGAUUUAUGUUUCAAGUCCUUUAUAAAAUGAAGCUUUUGUUCUAAGGUUGGGGACAAUUUAAAAUAGCUGAGACUUGACGAAGUUUGCUGUUAACUUUGAUCAUGAAACGUUUGAGCGCUAGCUCACCAUCAUUAGAAGUUUUAGAAUGCGGAGAGGGAACGUUUCUGGUUUCACGAUCAUCCCGACAUAAUUUUUCCUAAUGUUGAUCAUCAGUAGAACGGAAUCGAUUUCGUUUGGGUAUAAAAGUAAUCCGAUCCACAUGACGCCUUGUAGUUCUUGGAAAUAAUGCGAGAUGGGCGACCAGAUUGGUCUUGGCCUUGGCCGAAAUUCCGAAUGAAAUAUUUCUGUUGUUUGGGAUCGUGCUGAAACUCAUCGUUCGUCUUCUUUGGUGAUCGGUUCGUCGCCAAAUGUUUCAACACCCUCCCUAGUUGACUCAAUGACCCGUAAAAAAAUUAUUUCCGAUUUUCUACUUAAAAAGGCAAGUAAAUUUUUUUAAAUAACUAUAACCUUUGUGUGUUUGACGUCAUAAGCGUUGAAUGGGAUUUGUUAAAAAACAUUUUUGUUAUGUAGAAUGCAACCUUCAGAUGUGCACAAUGAUUUAUGAAUUUGUGAUUCGUUUUCAGAGGUCUAUCUCUUCACGUCGUUCGCGUCGUCGCCGUCGAAUCGGAAAUCUAUUCCAUCAGGAUGCUGUAGCCUACACCUUAAAGAGGACUGAGCGCAUAGCUUGUAGCCAGUACAGUCAACCUACACGACAUGCUCGAGAACCUUCUCAUAACUAAUUUUUGCUGGUGCUCCGGAUUGCCAAUCAGCUCGCUGCGGAAUGGAUGCUGGAUGUCGUAAACAACCCGAUGGAUCGUUCAUUUGUGUUUGCACUCACGAUUUCAGCCAAGAAAGAUCCGAUACGCCCUGCCCACGCAAAGUCGUGUCCGGAACGAAUUCUUAUUAUCCUGUUAAUAAUAAGACGUUGAUUACCAUCCAUCGAAAUGGUCGAAAUAAUGAGCAUAAAUUAUUCCCUCGCGUGUUUAAGGCUCAUCUACCGGUUUCUGUACUGACUGAUGAGAUUCCAGAUCACUCUUCGUCAAUGAAAACUGUUGCGCUAGCCUAUUCAAUGCCCAUAACUCUAAUCAUGGCAUUGAUUGGAUUAGUUUUUCUCUCAAUCAAGUAGAUUAGGUGGGUAAGAAUUUACAGGAUGACCAACAGGAAUCGAACUGUAUUGCGCUUCGGUAGGAAUGUUUCCCCAAAAGAAUUCUUAACCAUCAACACCGACUACUUGAGAAUAGUCGACCAAGUGGAACAGAAUGUCAGCUCCCGUUCCUUUCUCCUUUUGCGUGAGUGGAUCGAACUUGAAACUGAACUCGGUGAAGGUUGUUUUGGUAAGGUUUUUCGCGGUCGACUACGCCGCCCUGAUUCAUCAAUCCAGUCAACGGAUCCCUCCUAUAUUAAUCUGGAGAGCAGUCAAGCUGUGGCAAUCAAAGUUCUCAAAUCUCCGUCACCUGGAAUCGCUUCAACCACUGCGCAAAGCGAUUUUCUCCGAGAAGCAGAGAUGAUGGCUUCGUUCUCUCACGAGAAUAUCUUGGCUUUACAUGGUGUUGUUAUCAAUGAGUUUAGUAUCGGACCAUGGGUUGUAUUUGAAUACAUGGAGUUGGGCGACCUAGCUCAGCUAUUACGUUCCUCCAACGGCUAUCCUAGUCCUAAAGAUAAAGAUACCCUCAUAGGCAGACAUAAAUUGAAUCAGGAGGAUUUGCGCUCCAUAGCAGAACAAAUUGCAAAUGGUAUGAAAUAUCUUUCGUCAAGGCAUUUCGUACAUCGGGAUCUAGCGUGUCGAAACUGUUUGGUGGGUGAACGGCCAUCUGUCAACCCAGCUUUUAGCAGUAAUCGUUCAAAUCUUAUCAUCAAGAUAUCGGACUUUGGAAUGAGCAGAGAUGUUCAUACCACUGAUUACUACAAGAUGGGAUCUUCUCAAUUUUUGCCGGUUAGAUGGAUGCCCCCCGAAUCAAUUCUUUAUGGUAAGUUUACUCGGGAAUCGGAUGUCUGGGCUUUUGGAGUUGUCCUCUGGGAAAUUUUCUCGAUGGGCGCCCUCCCAUAUUACGGUCACUCUAAUGAAGAGGUGAUAACAAUGAUCGUCGACAGCGUUCUUCUGGAGCCACCAAAGUCUACUCCUUGUUUGAUUCGGCAACUAAUGUAUGAAGGUUGUUGGAAGAAGGUGCCAUCCGAUCGUCCUUCUUUUUCAGAGAUUCAUGCCAAACUCGCUGGUUUUUCGAGUACAGCACCGUUGUCGGAACAAGCAGAAUGUGAAAUUUAUUCUAACUGUUAUGCCUAUCUCCAACCUUUACCGGAUUUGGAACCAUAAUUUCCCUCACACAAUUUUGGUAUUGCGGAAAGUUUGUGAUCUUUAUAAUAGUUGCUAUAUUAAGUCAUGCGCUUGCGUAAUCAUUUAUUUAGUCUUCCUGUUCGUAUUUCCCCCUCAAUAUUUAUUAUUCUCACAAAUUAUUGUUGGAAUAAAAAAUACAUAAAGUGUCACCGAUUGAAUUAUGAACAGCAAAUUCAUUAUUCAUUUGCGUAACCUCGUUGACCUAUGCUUGUAAUUGUUAAAGAUUGUGGCAACGAACAUAUCCUUUUAAAUUGUUACAAAGCAACAUUUUACCAUAACCUUUAACAACAAAGUGUAUUAAACAACCAGGUGAUUAUCACAUAAAUUUAGAAAUGAUCUGUGGUCAAAGUCAGAAGGGAAAUGUAUAGUAAAAAUUCGAAAAGCAAUAUUUAUUUCGGUCACAGAGAAGUCGUGUGGUUUUCGUGCAUCUCUGGCGUGUAAGUGAGAAGGACAAAGGCAACCCAAAAAUGAAGAACCACCAUCUAGA